AGGCGUCCUAUCAGACGGAGUGUAUCUCGGCGACGAACGAAUCAGAAAAAUCGCCGUAUAUGUAGUAGGACAACGUUCUCGCCACUACAGAGUCUCCGUGUUGCGCAGCGAGAAUAGAAUGCGAGCGUACCGUUUCGAGAAGGGCACGUCUCGUCGAAAGAUGCGAAGCAGUUAACAGUGUGGUUUUGGCGAUUGUGUGUGUUGCCUUUUGUCCGAUCCUUCAAUCUCGACAGUGAACAGAUAUAUGAGCGCGUGUACACGGGCAGCCAGUGCGGUGCACUUGGCGCAGUAAAAAUCGUUCGCGACGAGUGUGUGUCCUCGGGGGAUAUUGUGUGCCGUGUGUCGUGUGCAUUGUGCCGUGUGUCGCGGCGCGGUGUUACAUCCGAAGGUCGUGAACAUUCGUACGAUUGUUCGAGAAGCUUCCGCUCGGCUCGUAACAAACGGCACGACACGAAAAGGUUAAAAGGGAAAGGUGGACGAUCCUCCUUGGAAAGCCUCGGUAAAAUGGCGGUGAUCGGUACUUCGAUUGGCGCUAACCGAUAGAAGAGGAUCGCGUCUCACGUUCACGCUCCCCGCGAAUUUUGUUUUGAUUCAGUCGCAGAGAUAUCCUCGAUUCGGACCGGUCGAUUCGCGGUCAUCCUCUCGCGCGAUCAUUUUGCUUUCGUUCCCUCUCGUCCCCUCUCUGUCCCCCCAGCCCCGCUGCCCCUCUCCUUGUUUUUAACCAUAACUACGGGAAAAUCUUGGACGGCGUCCUAUCGGAGAAAUAUAAUUCGCGUGUGUAUCAUUAUCGGACCGGAGGACGAUCGAGGUGGUUAGAACCACCAACGGAACGGUUUGCAACGACCGCGAUGCCGCAUCGUUCCAACCUCGCGUUUGUCGAACGGCCGAACGACAAGGACAACUCUAUCGAAUCCUGGUCGGCUUAUUUGUAGAUCUUGAAAUUAUAAAGGAAGCUUUCAUCUGCUAAAAUGAAAAUUGACAGAAGCAGAUUAAAAAAGUGCAUUUCUGAGGCGCCGGCAGAAUGUCAGGCCCUCAUAAACAAACUGCGCUCAUGCUCCCAUGCAGAAUUGCUGGAGGAGCUGAAGCAGAUAGAUGCAUGGACCUUUGGAAAAUGCGAACUGUUCCAUUGGAUCGAUGUAUUAGAUCUUAAUGACAGUAUUUUAGAAGAGGCGGCAGCAAGGAGUCCAGAUAAUCCAUGGGAAUUGGCCUGUGAUCUCCCCCAGAACAGAGAGGCUAAAGAACUUCUAUUAUGGAUCCUUCACUUCACCACAUUAUUGAUUGAACACUCAUUCUCACGACAUUUGUACAACAGUAUGGAGCAUCUGGUGUCCUUGUUAUCGAGUUGUGAUAUGCACGUUGUUCUUGGUGUCCUAAAUCUUCUUUACAUGUUUAGUAAACGUAGUAAUUUUAUUACUCGUUUAAAUAGCGACAAAAGACAAGCUCUAAUAAGCAGACUCAAUCACUUGGCUGAGAGCUGGGGUGGUAAAGAAAAUGGAUUUGGUUUGGCAGAAUGUUGUAAAGAAUUCCCAGAUAAGCCCCUUCCAGCAAGUGCUACAACUUUACACUUCGAGUUCUAUGCUGAAAACCCAACCACUGAUGUAUCAGGUGCCACGCAAAGUGCUGGUACCAAAAAGAUUGGACAAACAAAUUUUGUAACAUAUAUACACAUCGAGAAUGUGGAUAAACUUGGUAAAACACCGGCACAAAUAAUGAAUGAUUUGUUGAAAGUUUAUAACGUACCUCAAGAUCGACAGAUGGCGCUUUUCACUCACAUAAGACUGGCACACAGUUUUUCCGAUUACCGAAGACGCUUGCAAUGUGUGCAAGCUCGGCUGCAAGCAUUGUCGGUACUUGUAUAUAGUAAUGCACUUCAGGAGAAUGCGGAUAGUUUGCUUCAUGCUGGGCUUUUAGAAGAAUUAGUUGAAUUAAUGGAACUUCCACAUGCACACCUUGUUGAAAUGCGUGCUGCGGCAUUGCGGACUCUUACUAGUAUCAUUCACUUGGAUCGCAAUCCACAUUUUCCCAAAAAACCUGGCUCAAGGUUAAACAUGAUAAUCGACGUUACCGGUGCAAGUUCGUAUCACGGAUUUUUUCCCGUAUCGAUUCGCACAUGUAUUUCACAAUUAACUUCUCCACCACCGGAUGGGCCACCAUUUCCGUUGCAACUCGCGACAGCAUUGUUUAGCUUUCUUUAUCACUUGUCUAGCUAUGAAGCUGGAGGCGAAGCUCUUAUUAGUUGCGGUAUGAUGGAGAGCUUGUUAAAAAUCAUGAAUUGGCCAGGAACCGAGCUGGAGCAUAUAACGUUCGGUACCAGAGCAGUUCGCGUGAUAGAUUUGAUGACGAAUAUAGACAUGCAAGUAUUUCAAGCACAUAAUGGCCUAGCGAGUUUUAUCAAUCGCAUCGAUAUGGAAGUGAACGUUUGCAGAAAAGAACAACCGUUCGAAAUCGAACCGUACACUUAUCCUGAUAAUCCACAAUCGUCUCGCGAAAGAUCCGUAGAAAGGGACGAGGAAUCCACGUCGUCGCGACGGUUGAACGAGCCCUACGACGAACGCGAGGAAUCUUCGAAUCCAAUGGAGUUCUCGGAGGACGAAAACAUGACCUCUAAGACGGAGAACAAAAACGAACAAAUACCAGAUUAUUCUGCCAUGAAGACCGGAAAGACGUGUCUGCCACAGCGAGCUGCGCUUCUCAAAUCAAUGUUGAAUUUUGUAAAGAAAACCAUCCAAGAUCCGCACUUCUCGGACAGUAUCAGACACAUUAUGGAGGGUACCUUGCCGUCGUCUUUGAAACACAUUAUCAGCAAUUCCGAGUAUUACGGGCCUUCGCUGUUCCUGCUUGCCACGGAUGUCGUAACAGUCUACGUUUUCCAAGAACCGUCGUUCCUGUCUUCCCUGCAGGAUAACGGAUUGACUGAUAUCGUACUGCAUGCUCUACUUAUCAAAGAAGUUCCUGCAACUAGAGAAGUUCUAGGUUCAUUACCUAACGUGUUCAGUGCUCUAUGCUUGAAUCAACGCGGAUUAGAAUCGUUCGUGAAACGACGACCAUUCGGCCGGUUGUUUAAAGUAUUGCUAUCGCCGAUCUACCUCUCCGCAAUGAGAAGACGUCGAAGCGCGGAUCCCCUGGGCGAUACAGCUACCAAUUUGGGAAACGCGAUGGACGAAUUGAUGAGACACCAACCGGGUCUGAAAGUGGACGCAAUCGCUGCCAUCAUAAAAUUGCUUGAAAAACUAUGUGUCUUGGGCUGUGACCCUCGAUACGUAUGUCUACGGGCUGCAAGUAAAUCCGACAAUUCACCGUCGAACUCAGCCUCCGGUAGCCGUCAGUCUUCUGGUCAGUCUGUCGGAGUUGGAGUCGGAGAUUCUCGUGGCGGAGGCGGCGGCGGCGGUGGUAGUAGUAGCGACGAAGAAGAGGAGGACGAAGAGGAAGCGAGCACGAGCUCUCAUCCUCAGCGCGAGGAGCAGCCUUCACCGUCGCCGGCUCAGCCCGGGCCGCCUCCGCAGCCACGAGAGAAGACACCGAUUGCUUUGGUCGAAUACAUACACAACGUUAUGAAAUUCGUUGACGCCAUUCUUAGUAACAAUUCCACGGACGAUCACUGCAGAGAGUUUGUCGCUCAGAAGGGUUUAGUACCGUUGCUAUCCAUCCUAGGCUUGCCUAAUCUUCCAGUGGAUUAUCCAGUCGCUCAGGCAGCACAGUCCGUAGCGACAGUUUGUAAAAGUAUUUUGAACCUCGCGCAUGAACCGUCAGUUCUGAAAACAGGUCUUUCGCAAUUGAACGAAGUAUUGAAUCUGCUGAAACCACUCCACAACCACACGGACACGCCCGGAGGUUCUGUACUGUUGCACGAACUCGCGUCUGCUCCAAAUUUAGAGACAGCUUUCACGAGCGACACGGCAACGCCGUUGCUUCACGCUAUGAACGCCGCGCAUGGAUACGUGGUGAUGUUCGUACACGUGUGUCGAACCAGCCAAAGCGAAGUGAGAAACUUUUCUAUGAACCACUGGGGUUCGGGUCUCGGUUUGGCGGUUCUGAAAGGUCUCUCCGAGUUGUACAUGUCGUUGGUUUGGGAGAGCACGCUGUUGCUAGCACUGUGCAGCGAGGACAGUAUACCAGCAGGAUGUGACUUCGGGAAAGAAGACAUGGAUAAACUGGUGCCACCGGAGUUAAAGAACGAUGCCGAAACUUCUGGCUGGUCAGGUGGUGUAUCCUCAGACAUGGGGAGUAAUGGAAUGACCACAGCCAUGGAAGCCUUGAGUACAGAUCCACCACCUGUACCCAUGGAGGUGGAUGACAACAAGCCGAGUGCCAGCGCAGGAAGAGUUUCACCGAGUUCAUAUCAGCUCAAGUACAUCAAACCUUUGUUAGGAGCUUCGUCUAGAUUAGGCAGGGCACUGGCCGAACUGUUUGGUCUGCUUGUGAAGCUUUGCAUGGGUUCUCCAGGAAGGCAACGCAGAGGACAACAGAUGCCUCUGACACCGGUUCUUCCUUCGCAAGCAGCUGGAAGCGUGGCGACUGCCUUGAACUGUUUAUUGAUUCGUGGAUUGACGUGGGAUAUAUUGCCCCCGUCUCCGAUACCGAAAUUUAAGUUGACAUUCUUGAUAUGCUCUGUAGGUUUUACGUCUCCGAUGUUAUUCGAUGAAAAGAGGCAUCCGUACCAUUUGAUGCUUCAAAAAUUUGUUAGACAAGGCGGACAAUACGCAUUUUUUCAUACUUUCCAUUGGGCACUGUCUGGAGGCGGACAGUUUCCUGCAUCGGAGGGUUUAGAACACCCCAACUUGCCUGAUGGCACAGGGGAAUUUUUGGACGCGUGGCUCAUGCUACUGGAGAAAAUGGUCAAUCCUAAAGCUAUUUUGGAUUCCCCCCAUCUCGUUUCGUCGAAGUGUACUGGGAUCUACAAGAUGUAUGAGUUUGAUCCGAUCAAGUACCUCACCAAUAUUCACAAGAAAGCCUUUCAUGCAGUGAUGCUUAUGUGGGGUAAAAAACCUUUGAAAAAUUACGGUGCACGUAUGACCGAAUCAAUUUUGUCGAUUUUACGACAUAUUUUAAGGGGUGAAAAAAUUAUUAAGGAACGUACAGAGAAAGAGGAGAACAGCGAAGGAGCUAUUACUGGUAGCACCAGCGGUACUAGUGGAAUCGGAAGAGGUGCGGCAAUGUCUGACCGUAGGGAAGAACCAGAAUCGGAUGUGAACCAAGAACAUCUUAGACAGCUGAUGGAUAUGGGAUUCAGCCGCGCUCAUUGUAUCGAAGCUUUGAGCCAUACAUUGACCGUCGAACAAGCCACAGAUUAUCUUCUCACCAAUCCUGCCACAUUACGUAGAUCGGACGUACCAGCCGGGGAUGCGAGUUACCAAGGUCUUAUUAUGGACUUGGAAAUAAUCGACGAUGAACUAAUGCACGCCGUAGCUAUGUCAUUGGGCGAAACAGAGACGCGAAAAGCGUCUGGUCUAGAAAAAUUCCCCGAGGAGCUUAUUUGCGAACCUACUAUAACUAGCAGUAUAGAUGAAUUCACAAACACUGCUUUAAGCCAGUGUUUGAACCUAUUAGAUCUCAUGCCUGACACUGUCUACAGGAUAUGCGAUUUACUAGUUACCAUUACAAAGAGAAAUGGUGACGAGUGGCGUGACAACAUGUUGCUGCAACUUAUAAAAGAAAUUGGUAGUCUAGUAGAUUAUUUAAUUGACAUUGCUAAGAGCAACGAUCCAAACGCUGGCACGCGAUUAGUCGAAUGCGAAGAAGCCAACAAAGUUGCUGGACGUAUUUAUCUCUAUACCCUAUUUUUCGAGGGAACAUUGCAAGAGAUGAGAGUAUCGUGUGCUCAAAUCGUGAAGGAGUGCGGUGUCUCGGAUCUUCUUGUUCGUUUGUUGAUAGUAAGCGAAGGACCACUUACCGCGAACAAGAACAAAGUUUCCAAAGAUAGUAAAGACGGGGCAGCAACAACAAGAACGCCGAAAUGGCUCGCGCCACUCCUUCUCCUAAUAGAUCGUUUGGAAAAAGUAGCUAUAUCCACACGGAGGAAGUUGAUGAUGCACAAGGUUACGCGCAGAGUUUGGAAGUGGUUCGAUUUACAUACAGGUGAAUGGACAAUAUACUCUCCGAUAAAUAAUCGAAUAAUAAAUGAAGCUUACUGGGCCGGGGAGCCGAACGUAAGGAUCUCGUGCAGUCGGCGAAGAUACUUGAUCACAUUUUCGUCUAUGACGCAAGUGAACGAGGAGAGCGACAACAGGAGGCCGAUAGCAAUGAACUUUAAAUUGCGCGCGGUCAACGAUUAUAGUCCAAUGGACGAGAAAAGGAACAAUUUCGUUCAAGGACUGCACCCUAGUGUGAUUGUAAGCAUUAUUCGUACUUGCGUCAAGCUGUUGGCGAUCCCAGUGGACCGGGACGCGUUGCAUGCAUUAAUGAAGGUCUGUCUAAGACUGACGAGAGAUUAUGAGAACGCUGCAAUUUUCGCGCGCGAAGGCGGCGUCAAACUGUUGCUGGAAAUGACACAGGCGAGCAGCUUCAUCGGAUGCAUCAGUCUAAGCACUUUGUUGAUUCGACAUACCUUGGAGGAUACAAACACCCUUCGUCAAGCCAUGGAGAAGGUUAUUCGGACUCGUACGCAGGGCAACAUACCACCGCCGUACAAAGAAAUUUUAUUUAUGACGCGGCAAAUAAGCAGCGCGGUUUGCCGUAAUCCGGAAGUUUACCGAGAGGUCUGCGAGAAUAUUUUAAGAGUGGAUGUUAGUCUGUUGAGACGCGACUUUGAUCAUAGACUGGUUGUGAAAGCUCUGCCACCGAGUCAACCGCAAAACACGCCUAUGGAAGAAGUAUCGGAGGUGUCGGUGUCCGUGAUACAGGACUUGCUGAAUGCUCUCAUAAAGCCUAUGCCGAUUCUUCCAGACGACAACGCUGCGACGCCUACCGGAAGUCCGGAGAAAAAGAAUCCUCAUGCAAGUUCCACUACGGCUACAACAUCGUCCAGACGCGACGUAUUCAGAAACAACGCAACCACCACGAAUGAUCCUAUGGAUGACGACGACCAGGUGUCCCAGAUAAUCUCGCUGAAGAUUUAUCCAGAUAUUGGCAAUAAUGGCAAAGUCGAGCCGGAGGAAGCGAAGAAGCCACUGCUGACAAAAUCUGCGAUUCUGAAGAUUCUCGCAGAAGCAGUUCGUUCAUAUAAUGGUAUCGCUGACUUGAUCACAGAACACGUGUACGUAGCCGGUCAAAGUGAAAUGGUAACGGAGGACACGACGGCGCUCGCCUUUCUUCUUGACAAGCUCCUGCCAAUGGUGCCAGAGAAUUCGAGCGACAGACAGUGCAGCAACACUAUUGGCCACACCGCGAAGAUGUUGAUAGCUGCUAUCGCCUCCUGUAAUCAUUCGCCGGAUGUUCAAACUACCCUGGUCACGGAGGUGAAAGCUGCGCUGACGAGGACUUUGGCGCUUCCGGAAAGCUCCGAGAAGCACACGCAGCUUCAGUUACUGAUCGGUCUGAUCUCUACCAUGAUCGACAGUUGCCCGCCGACCUUACACAAUCAUCUGAGAACCUCCUUGAAGACCCACCAAUACAACAACGUGAAUUAUAUUGUGAGGAUCAUGUUGAGGAAGGGAAUAAUCACCGACUUGGCCAAAAUCCCGCAUAGUCUUGACCUUUCCAGCCCUAACAUGGCGGCCACUAUCAAUGCUGCCUUGAAACCACUCGAGACACUUUCUAGAAUCAUAAAUCAACCAAUGCCAGGAUCCGUAAAUAAUAAAUUUUCGAAGCCGAAGAACAGAACUGUCCAAGAGGAGCCAAUCGGAGAACAAACCGGUACCACCACAUCCGAAGCAACUCAUGCUGUCGGCGAAGAAGCGAACGAGGAUGCGGAGAACACCGAGCACGAUAUAUCAGUUACUGCCGAGAGUUUAGAGCCUACCUCGGAGAGCCAAGUGCACGAGGAGGGCGAUGAAGCUGCUCUAGACGACAUCAUGGAUCAGCUGCUCGAUAGUGUAUUGUUUCCCAGGGACGGCUCAGCCGUGGCCGAAGAACAAUCUUCUCGGCCGCACAGGCCAAUGGACAUCGAUGAUGAAAGUCUCGUGAUACGCGAUGGUGAAACUGACUUUGAUCCUACACGAGACACCACAGUAAGAGUAACAUCGCUUUUUUCAUCAAUACCUAACGAGGAUUUGAUGAGCUCUGAUUCCGAAUCCGAUAGCAAUCCUUCCGAUGACAACGAGGACGAAGUACAGGACGAUGAAGAUGAGGAGGAGGAAGAAGAAGAUGACGGUAAUUUGAUUAGAACUGAACAAGGCGAGGAAAAUGAAGAGGAAGAGGAGGAAGAGGAGGAAGGGUCGAAUUACGAGGAGGAUGGAAUAGAAUUUUACGAAGACGUUGAAAACGGUGUCUUUAGAAUGUUCCCGCCAACAGAACGUGACGGAAGUAAUGUUGUAAUGAUUCAACAUAACAUCGACAAUCAGGAUAACUUUUCAAGUACCUCUACACCUAUUACACCGUUGCCUAGUCUUCCAUGGACUACGACGUUCCCUCUACCUCUAGGGCUCUUCGAAGACUCACCUUCGGUUUCAGAAGGCAAUGGCAUGAAUUCCCAUCCGUUGUUGAUACCACAAAACGGUUUGGAUGGUUCAUAUAUAAGCGCUCAAAGAGCUUUAAUGAGACAACGGAGAUAUCAAUUUCUUCAAUUGCAGAAUCCAAGAAAUCAAAAUCCGCCAGUGAUCUUACAAAGGCUUUUGGGAUCGGCGAGUGCACAAGGGAUUCCCUUGUCUGCCAGUCAAGUUCUAGCUUCCAGUUUCCGCGACACACGUGUCGUUGUAAUGGAGAAUCUUGGAAUCUUUACCAAUCAAGAAGAAGAACAAAUAGACUUUGUGGAUCAAUCUGGUUAUCUCUUUGGACCAAGCCUAGCAGCUACAUUGAAUAACAUUCCAACAGUUUUACACUGGUGGAUCGAAGAGAGCAAAUUGUUAGACGGGGAUUCCCAGGCAGACUGCUGCGAUGGUGUCGUGUUCAAACUUAUUCCUAAUCUGACGAAACACCGGGAGGAUGAAAUCGCAGAACGGAAAGAGAGACGUAAGAAGCAACACAAUUCUGAGAAAAAGGGUGAAAAGGAUGGCAAAGAUGAGAAGGACCAUCUGAACAACACGGAAUCGGGUUCUUCCACAGCAGUUCCGAUAGAAGAACAAAUAUCGACGGCGUCAACGUCUCAAAGAGAGCAGGUGAGCAACGUCGCCGCUUUCGGAGCUGCGAUCCAAGCGUCACAGCAGGAACGAACUCCUGACGAGGAUAUAAUAGACGUAACUGGUGAGAUGGAAGUAACGGUGCAAGAAGAUGAGGAGCGACCACCGCCGCCCCCACUACACGAGGAAGUGGUGUCCUCGGAAGCCAGGGAUCCUCGAAUAAGCAAUAGAAACUCCACGUUGGAGCUGGCUGAAAGUAUCGUCGAUUCUGUGCUCGGCCCUAGCGCUUCCGAAGCUAGUAGACUAAGACAGUCGGAUCGGCCCGCCGCAUCAUCGGACGCCAACGAGACGUCUAGUCGAACGAACACAACCAUACUAGUUGAUUUUAGUCAAGAAGGUAAUGAAGACUUGUUAAGAGAAAGUGACUCGUCUGACUGGAUCAGAACGCUUUUAACCGAUGACAGUCAAUCGAAUAUUGAACGAAAUGCAAAUGUACUCAAUCAAGAUCCUGCCACUUCAGCGUCAGAAAACAUUAAUCCAGAGCAAUCAGAACAACAACAGCCGCAACAUCAACAGCAGCAGUCUUCUCAACAGCAGCAGCAACAGCCGCAACUAGAUCAACCGAAUCAAUCUCAGCAACAAACGCAGCAAUCGCAAUCGCAACAACCUCAGGAGCAACAGUUGCCUGAUGGUGUCGACCCAUCCUUUUUGGCUGCUUUGCCGGAGGAUAUGCGGGACGAGGUCAUAGCCGAACAGCUCAGACUUCAACGAAUUCGACAAGGCACUCAAGCAGCCGUAGUUGCCGAAUUGACUGGACCGGUCGAAGUAAAUCCCGAAUUUUUGGCUGCUCUGCCACCGGCAAUUCAGGAAGAGGUUCUCGCGCAGCAACGUUUGGAACAGCAACGGCACGCGGCUGCCUCUGCCAAUCCUGACGAUCCGGUCGACGCGGCCGCCUUUUUCCAGAAUUUGCAGCCUUCUUUAAGACAAGCUAUUUUGACCGACAUGGAGGAGUCCCAGAUAUCUGUUCUUCCGCCGGAUCUAGCACAAGAAGCUCAAAAUCUUCGAAGAGAAUGGGAAGCAAGAAACCGACAUCUUAUCCAGGAACGAUUCCUUAGUCACGUUAGCCAAGGAAAUGCUACCUUAUCCACUAUAUUGAGGCAGUCUGGUAGAGGCAGACCCACGCGUUACGCGAUUCAAGCGGUGGCACAAAGAAGUCAGUGGGAUCCCUUGAUGCGCGGCGAAAGUACUAUAACGCAUCCAGCCGCCGGUCUUCGGCUUCGAGGCAGGCAGCUGUUGGACCAUGAGUCGAUGGCGUGUUUAUUGAUACUUUUGUUCGUCGAUGAACCAAAAAUUAAUACAUUAAGAUUUCAUAGAGUUAUCAGAAACAUCUGCUAUCACGGUAGCACCAGGGAAUGGGUGGUUAAAGUCUUGCUGAGCAUCAUGGAACGAAGCAAUGACGAGAACAAAGAUAUUGCCGCGGAUUUCGGUGGCAAAUACAAAAGAAAAAGCUUGAUGCCCUCGAUGGAUUACUGUUCUCCCAAGAUUGUGGACCAAAGAAACAAUGCGCAAUCGUGGCUGAACAUCAGCAUCGAUGCUGCGCUUGGUUGUAGAGCGAAUGUUUUCCAUAUAGUCAGAUACGGUGGGAAGAAGUCCGAAAGACAAGGUAGCAGUAUCGCUAUUCAUCCGCAAGCUGCACCCACAGUCUGCAAGCACACGUUAGACUUACUGAUAGCAUUGGCUAAAGGAUUUCCAGGAUUUUUCGUGCCAAUCAAACCGAAAGAGUCGGAAGAAAAGGAAGCCACCAGAGAAAAGGAUUCGAGUAAUAAAGAAGAAGCUUGUUCAAAGAACAAGUUCGCCUCGAAACAAGGGAAAAGCGACCAACCUGACUUCUGGGAUAUGUUGUUAAAGCUAGACUCGUGUGCCUCGAAGAAAGGAAAAUCGGUCGCUAGAACUCAUUCGAAUUCAAAUCUUGGAAACGAACCAGAACAUAGUAUAACUACCUUCGAAGCUUCGGCCUUUGGUCAAUUGAUUUCUAUGCUGAAUUGGUCGGUUAUCAAACGUAGUAGUCAGCUGACAGAUAAAUUAUUGAGACUGUUGUCGUUGAUCUCGAUCGGGCUGACGGAAGUGAACCCAUACCAUAGACAAGAAGGGAAUAAAAAUAAAAAGACCGAAAUCAGCAAGGAGCACAGUGUCGCCGCACCCGAGGAGCAUCUGAAACUGGCUGUACAAGUUCUAACUAGCAAAAGUUGUUCCGAGGAGGGGCUAGAAGACGCGACUGCCCUGCUGCUUAAUUUGUCUCACUGCCCGGACCCCACUAGGCAAUUGAUAUUAAAAUUACUAAUGGAGGGUGCCAUGGAACUGGCUAACAUGGUUUGCGAACAUAUAAACGAUUUAAUGAUGGAGCUCAAGGUUUUGAACCGUGAACUAAGGAGAAAUUCGAUCGACGAGCAACCUUCGACCAGUACUGGAAGUUCCCGAGGAAUACUCUUGGACAGGUUUACAAACGAAAGCGUAGUUGUUACUGCACCGAACAAAGUUAAAGCUGGAAGUGACCUUCAACUACCAUCAAUGGUUGCCCUUGUCAGCAAAACUUCUAGUCAGGCAUUCUUCUUGAGAAUACUUAAAGUAAUAGUGCAGAUAAGAGAGGCUGUACGUUUAGCAAACACCAAGAAGACAGCCAAUCAAACUACAGAAGGUACCGGUGACGCUGCAAGUACAAACCAAGCUCCGGACGAAGGAGACAGUAAUGCAGACGGUGAUGUACCAAUGGACACGACACAAGCAAAUCCACCACAGCCUGAGACUGUUAAGCCUGCGACUGCAUCCGAUGGUGAAGAAAAACUUCCGUUGUUGAGCGAAUGUUUAGUGUUGGAUCAUUUGUGGGAAACACUCAGCGCCUGCUUGUUAGAAUUGGAAUACACUCCGGAUCAUCAUGCUGUCUUAGUUUUACAGCCUGCGGUGGAAGCCUUUUUCCUGAUUCACUCAUCGUCGAGUACUUCCCGCGAACGUCAAUUGAACGCGAAUGCAGAAACUCGAGAGGUUGUACCAGAUCUUGCGCCAGUGUCGCCGAUAUAUUCGGACAAUGAGGGCACCUCCCAAUCGGAAGCUACAAUCAACACUUCCUGGGACAUGGCACCGCCUCCUCAGAAGACACUGCCACCCGACCAAGUCAAGUUCCUCAAAUUUGCUGAAACGCACAGGACUGUUCUAAAUCAAAUCCUACGCCAGACCACCACGCAUUUGGCAGACGGACCCUUCUCUGUGCUGGUGGAUCACACGAGGGUCCUCGACUUCGACGUGAAAAGACGAUACUUCCGAGCAGAAUUGGAACGAAUGGACGAAGGUAUUCGUAGAGACGAACUGGCUGUGCAUGUACGCAGAAGUCACGUAUUCGAAGACUCGUUCCGGGAGCUGCACAGACGAAAUGCCGACGAGUGGAAGAAUCGCUUUUACAUCGUUUUUGAAAAUGAAGAGGGUCAAGACGCUGGAGGCUUGCUCAGAGAGUGGUACGUCAUUAUUUCCAGAGAAAUUUUCAAUCCGAUGUAUGCUUUGUUCACUGUCAGUCCUGGAGACCGAGUCACGUACAUGAUAAACUCCUCGUCUCAUUGCAAUCCCAACCACUUGUGUUAUUACAAAUUCGUCGGUCGGGUUAUCGCGAAAGCAAUUUACGACAACAAGCUUCUGGAAUGUUAUUUCACGCGCAGCUUUUACAAGCAUAUCUUGGGAAUAUUGGUAAAGCACACCGACAUGGAAAGCGAGGAUUAUAGUUUUUACAAAGGUUUAGUGUACCUCACGGAGCAUAAUAUCGCCGAUCUUGGAUACGAAUUAACCUUUUCCACGGAGGUAAACGAAUUUGGUGUAAACGAUGUACGAGAUUUAAUUCCAAACGGGCGUAAUAUUGUCGUUACCGAAGAAACAAAAUUGGAAUAUAUCCGGCUCGUUUGUCAAAUGAAAAUGACUGGAGCAAUACGAAAACAAUUGAACGCGUUCCUAGAAGGUUUUUAUGACAUUAUUCCGAAACGACUGAUCUCCAUAUUCAAUGAGCAGGAACUCGAGCUAUUAAUUAGUGGAUUACCGAAUGUAGACAUAGAGGAUCUUAAAGCCAACACAGAAUACCACAAAUAUACUGCAACAUCUUUACAGAUUCAAUGGUUCUGGCGAGCACUGCGAGGUUUCGAUCAAGCGGACAGAGCUAAAUUCUUACAAUUUGUCACUGGCACGUCGAAGGUACCACUGCAGGGUUUCGCCGCUUUAGAGGGCAUGAGUGGCGUACAAAAGUUUCAAAUUCAUCGUGAGGACAGAUCAACGGACAGGCUUCCAUCCGCCCAUACAUGUUUUAAUCAACUAGAUCUACCGGUUUACGAAACGUACGACAAGCUCCGUACGAAUUUGCUGAAGGCAAUCCACGAAUGCAGCGAAGGAUUCGGUUUCGCCUAAGUUCGUUGCAACGUUGCAAAGAGAACUUUGCGGCUAUUUCACAAUGGAAGCUCGAGGAGCGAAGGCAACGGUGAUAUAAACGCUGAGUAGUAUAAGAAGAAGAAGAAAGGUGUCGUGAGACAGGCAAAGAGAGAAAGAAAGAAAGAAUGAAUGAAUGGAAAAAAAAUUGCUAAACAAUUGUAAAAGUAUCAUGAAAACGCGCUUGAUCUUCGCUCAAGAUCUAAUAUAAAAGAAAAAAAAAAGAAUGUUUACUCCGCUAUAUACAUAUUAAAACUAAACAAAGCGUAUGUAUAUACGUAUGAUUAACGAUGUAAUUACUGAUGAUUCGUCGCUAGAGUUUAUUUUAUUGAACGAUCUUAUGAAAGAGAGAUGCAGAGAGCUUAACGAUAAUUCCCCGUCACGGAAGGAGAAAACUUAAUCGGGCACGUUAUGUUAAGGAUCUUUACGAUUAAGAUUAUAAACAAGAAUAAGGAAGAAAACUCGGUGUAAUUCAUCGUUAAGAGAAAGCAGAGCGGCGGGUUUUUUGAAUUAAAUAUGUAAUAUAAAUUGCGAUUCGAAGCCGGAGGCUCUCCUCUCGAACAGAGAUUUUCAUGAGGGUGAGAAACGAACGGUUUUCGUUGUUUAUUUCUUUCAUUUUUUUUUGCCAGAGAAUAGGAGUCGGCAAAGAAAAGAAGGAAACACGGAUGAGCGUGACGGAAAAAAAACGUGUGCCUGCGAUCGGAGUACGUAUCCAUUUCCCCUGAAUCGCGUGAAUAAUAUUUCGAGAGAAUUUGAACGGAUGGUGCGUAAUUGAACGAGCGCGUGUAUAGUGUGUGCCUGUAACGUGAACCAGAGAGAGAGAGAAAGUGUGAACUUUCUCUCUCUCUCGCGAGAGAAAGAAAGAAAGAAUCAGAGAGAGAAUCGGAGAGAGAGUGUGUGGAGAGAGAAAGAGAAUAAUUACUCAAGAACCGAUUAAACACGAGCCUAAAAUACAUGGAAAGAAAACACUUCAAGAUGUUCUACCCUUACGCCCGCAACAAAAAAAAAACGUAUGGUUGUACACUUAGUAUUAAUAAUUAUAUUAUCUAAUUCGUAAUCGAUAGUAAUGAUCAUUAAUUAAUAUCGUUUUAAUAUUAAUCAUUCGAGAAAUGUGGUGUUAAAAAAAAAGAGGUGUCGUGUCACACUUUUUUCCUUUUUCUUUUUUUCCCACGACCGGCGCAAUCGCUCGUUUUUUCUCCAGUCCGAUCCUCAAAUUUCCUUUUCGUCGACCAUUAUCUGCUUCUGCUUUGAAAAUGUAAAAUUGAGAACGUACGUACGUUACUUUUUGUGAACACAUCGAAUGGGACAAUAUAUACUGUUUCGAGAAGAGAGGAGAGAGAGAGAGAGAGAGAGAAAGAAAGAGAGAGAGAGAGAGAAAGAGAGGAAAGCGUAGAUUCACAUUGGAAAGUUUUCGCGAUAUUGUUAGGGAAUUAAUUGCUUAGGAAUUCGCAGAAUAAACUAAAUGUUGUAUUUCUUAUAAA